GCUAGGACGUCAGGAAGCGAGAGCGCGAAUUUACUACUGGGCGUGUUCCGUUCCAGUAAGUGACCAUAGAGACGGUGCCCGCCCUCCUGCGGCGGAAGCGUGCUUCCGGACGGUUACCACGGAGAUGGCGUGCGCUCUGCCCUUCCUUCUCUAUGGCCAGACCUCCGGCCGCGCUCUUCCCGGUGGAGUCGAGGGCGCUCUGCACACUCGUGGCGCCUCCGGAGGCUCUUCACUCAGUCCACCUCGGGGCCGGCGGUGGUGGCGGAACUGAAGCGCCGGGGUCUGCGCUGCCUCCCGGGGGAAGAGUUAGGCGGGGACUCCGAGGCCCCGGAGGGGAGCCCUUGGGCCUGCGCACCGGAAGUGUGGUCUCCGGAAGUCCCGAGCUCGGGCUGGCGAGGUCUGUGGGAAGCAGCGGCAGGAGGAAGCCUCGGACCCAGCAUGUCUCAGGCUACCAAGAGGAAGCAUGUGGUGCAGGAGGUGCUUGGGGAGCACAUGGUGCCCUCGGACCAGCAACAGAUUGUGAGGGUGACUUUCUCAUCGUGGACCCCAUCGAGGAAGGGGAGAAGGUGAAGGCCGAGAUCUCCUUCGUGCUCUGCAAGGACCACGUGCGCUCCCUGCAGAAGGAGGGACUCUGGCCGGAAGCCUUCUCUGAGGUAGCCGAGAAGCAGAGCAACAGCAGGAACAGACCGCCUCAGCCAGAACUUCCAGGAGAAACCCAGUCUUCUGAAGAUGACAGUUCCGAAGAUGACUCCGACCUCUUCGUCAACACCAAUCGUGUCCAGUACCAGGAGAGCGAGGAGGAGAGCGAGGAGGAGGCCUGAGCUCCAGCCUCCCUGCCAGCUGGAAGCCGAGUCUGCCCCCCGACCCCACCUCCAUGGACAUAAAUGGGCUUGCUCUGUGUGCCCACCCCCUGGAUGGGGAUGAGGCCGGGCUCCCACCUGAACUCCUGCUCUUCUCUGUAAGAGAUUAAACCCCUGGUGGGUUGAGAGAGAGAGCCAUGCAUUGACGUGUACCAGUGUGCCUAGUAAAGCGAUUCCGACUUUGA